UGGUAACGGAGUGAUCUGGUUAGUACGUUAACAGAUCUGGCAGUCGUAAGAAGCAUUGUUUGUGGUUGAGUUGUACGGAUUACCUUGAGGUCGUUGAUAUGAGGGAUAUUGGAUUACUGUGGAUUGCUUUAUUGGCGAUACUGGUUGCCGUUGCCAGGGCUGAUUACACCAAAUUCUUCGAGAGAUGUACCAACGAGAAGAACACCUUCGACUGCUUCAAGCGAAGGGCUAUUGAUGUCCUCAGUCAGGCUGUCAAGGAUGAUUCGGUUUAUGUUGUCAACGACUACGUGUCCAUUGCUAGAGAUCCGGCUGUGGCCAGGGAGCAAAGAUCCGCCAGUGAAAAUACCACGGCUCUCAGUUUGGAUGAACAGCUGGAGAGGAAGUUCAAUGACUACUUGUCCUCGAGAAGCAUCAAGCUCACUAUUCCUGGAGAUGCCAUUCAAGGGCGCAAGAAGAAGGACAAGGGUGGUAUGGGAGGUGCUCUCAUGAUGGGAGGUCUUGCUAUGGCAGGUGUAAUGGCGCAGCUGGCGUUUGGCAAGAUUGCUUUCCUAGCGGGUACUGCUCUGCUAACAGCCAAGAUUGCUCUCGUGUUGAGCGCCAUUAUCGGAUUGAAGAAGCUUGUAUCAAGUAGCGGGGGAGGUCAUGAAGUCAUCUACGCGACCGCCUCAGAACCGCAUGGAGGAUUCAGCGGUGGUGGAUACGGCGGCUGGCAGAGGUCCAUUAAUUCAGUGCCCUCCACGCCAAGUCGCUGAGUCUCAUCAUGAUUCCACAGAAAUGAUGCUCAAUCAAUGUUUAAUUCAUGUAUUUAUUUAUUUAUUUAUUCUGUCAUUAAAUACGUAAUGGAAACUUA